AUGUGCAAUGACAAAACCGCUUUCGUCAGCCUGGUCGAAGCUGCAGGUGAAUUGAACCUCGCCGACGGAAGUCUCACUCAGGUCGCAGCGAGGGGCGAUGUCAAGGUUGCCGUCCAGGUCGGCAACAUGAACAAGGUCAUCAAGUUGGAGAACACCUUGUUCGUGCCCCAGCUGAAAACCAACCUCCUGUCAAUAUCCAAGCUCGUCAACAACGGACACGAAGUCGUGUUCAGCAAGAGCCAGGCCGUGGUGAAGGACAAAAAUGGAGACGUCAAGCUGACUGCGAGAAGCGACGGCGACUUGUUUUCUUUGAGCACGCCACACGCUCACGCCUUCACGACCACCGAACGUCCUGAUAUUGACACAUGA